ACGUGGCAUUGCAUGAACAAUGAGCGUUACUCGGAAGUGCUAAAUUUGGCAGAAACAUUUCGAGCUAGAUAGCUAUAAAGAAUAAUAGCUAAGUGCAGUUCGUUUUGAGCAAUAAAAAAAUUAUUUAAAAAAAAGCUAUAUUGAAGAGUACGAUAUGGGCAAUACACUUUCUAGGGAUGACAACGUGUCAACUGUAGGCAACAAGACUUGUGAGGGAAGAUAGUUAGCCUAGCAGACAAUCUAAUUUACUAACGUUACAGUAGCUAGUACUAGACUGUUUAGAUUUCUGCAAAAGUAAGAAUCAGAUUAGCUAGAUUGACAUGAUUGCAUAAACAACCGUGUUCAAGAUCAAUACCGUCGUGCCUCGUUAAAUCGUUAUUUAGCUAGAUAGCGGAACUGACAACAUGGCUGUUAGACCUCUGUGCAGCUAGUUUUAGCUAGCUAUCAUUGCUGCGAAGUCGAUUCUUGUGAUCAUUGUUUGACAUUUUAGUCAUUAAGUAGACGCUCUUGUCAAGAGCGACUUACAAUUCAUGAAUUCGUUUUAAGAUAGUUAGGUGAGACGACACAUCACGUUACAUUUUCCCUCAAAGUAUUUAUCACCAAAGUCAGUGCUAGUGGGAAAAGAGAUUUAGUGUUAUUUUUACAGUUGGCGUUAUCUGUCAAGCAAUCAAGCUAGCCAACCUAUCUAGCUAGUCAGUUUCUGGGUUCAGAUUAGUCUGAGUUUACCGCUCUAACUACCGCUUUCAAGUAGUCAGGCUAAUAGUUGCUAGCAAAGCACAGCUUCAAUUAUGUCUAUGGACGACUUCACUUCGAUCAGCCUGCUGUCACUGGCAAUGCUAGUGGGAUGUUAUGUGUCUGGAACCAUUCCUCUGGCUGUCAACUUCUCAGAGGAGAAACUGAAGCUGGUGACGGUCCUGGGAGCAGGGCUGCUGUGUGGUACUGCCCUGGCUGUCAUCAUCCCUGAGGGGGUGCAUGCCCUGUAUGAGGAGGUCCUGGAGGGUGUGCACCACGCCCCUGGCCAGGUGGAGGGGGUGGAGGUGUCCGAGCCCAAGGAAGGUGUGGAUGCAGCUCUGGGGGUCAGUGGGGAGCACAGCCACAGCCACGAGCACCUCCAUGCCUACAUCGGGGUUUCCCUGGUCCUGGGGUUUGUCUUCAUGCUGCUGGUCGACCAGAUAGGAAGCGCCCACGUGCACAGCAGUGCUGACGAUCCAGAGUCUGCGAGGAUUGCCAGCUCAAAGAUCACCACCACCUUGGGACUGGUUGUCCAUGCGGCAGCUGACGGAGUGGCUCUCGGAGCAGCUGCUUCAACUUCCCAGACCAGUGUUCAGCUCAUUGUCUUUGUGGCCAUCAUGCUUCACAAGGCCCCAGCAGCCUUUGGCCUGGUCUCUUUCCUGAUGCAUGCUGGUCUGGAGAGGAACCGGAUCCGUAAACACCUGCUGGCCUUCGCCCUGGCAGCACCUGUCCUUGCCAUGGUUACCUUCGUAGGACUCAGCCAGAGCAGUAAAGAGGCACUGUCCAACGUGAACGCCACAGGCGUGGCCAUGCUGUUCUCUGCCGGGACCUUCCUGUACGUCGCCACCGUACACGUUCUGCCCGAGGUGGGCGGGACCGGACACAGCCACUCCCCCACACCGGGGAAGGAAGCAGCGAAGGGACUGAGCAAGGUGGAGGUUGGGGCUCUGGUUCUGGGCUGUCUGAUACCGCUGGUGCUGUCUGUUGGACACCACCACUAGACACACAGAGGAGACCCAGAGGAGGAGAGGAAAGGAGGGUUUAGAGAGAAAGCAGCCUAACAGACACCUCUUAUCACACAUCUCAAAUGUCUUAUUUACCAUCAGUUGAUGGGACUUCUGAUUUGGUUGGAUUGCGGUUGUUGUGUCCUCGUCGCCGGGACAACGACCUGCGGGUGGAAUCGGAACCGCGCUGGACAACACAAAGGGAUGAUGAUGUCAUAACCAUAGUAACAAGGACCUCCCACUUGUUCAACACUCUAAAGGAAGUGCUAUCUGCUGAUACUGAUGACCAGACUGCUACCAUGUUUUCUGCUUCUUUUAAGCAGACAUUUAUUUUUCUAUUUUCGGGGGAGUGGGUUCUCUCUAGGUAGGCUUUACAGAAAGCAGGGGAGUUGAUUAUUAUGGUUGUAUCCUGUUUCAGUGCUACAAAUGAACUGUCAACUCCUGAACUCAUGUUAAUUUACCUGCUUUUGUUGUUGUUGUUGUUGAGGACUGGGCUGUGAGAAAUGGAGAGAUACUUGUGACAUCUUGCAGUAAAACUACAGUUUUUAAAUCAA